AGGAGGAGAGGUCUCUUCUGGCAGAGCAGAGCAUAGGUUGUGCCACUGGGGUACCAGAGGAAGAGGAGAUGUCGGGAGGCAGAGCUGAGCUUCCUGGGGAGAGCACCUUGUGUGCACCAGGAGCCAGCUGUGAACCUGUGUUCUUGAGAAGUAGCAUGGGCGAUGUUCCAGUACUGCCAGGGGGGAACACUCCACAACAGGACAUGGGCAGCCCAUCCCAGCUCCUGCCUGUCACGGAGGAGAGCACUGCUGGUGCUGGGGAGCCCAGUGGGGAGGAUGACCUGGUGCCUGCUGUAGAGGAAGCAGGCAGCACUUCAGCCUGCACAGAUAACAGUGCUGAGAGCAGCCCGUGGGAGGGAGCACCUCUGGAAAGGUGUGAUCCCCCACCGCCCCUAGAGCUGCUAUGCCAUGGCAUGGAGGGGAUCUCACCUGCAUCCUGGGCCAAGGAGCUGUCAAGGCCAGAUGAGGAUGUGGGCUCGCUGCAGAAGCACCAGGAGGCUGAGAAGGAAGAGAGAGGUCUCCACAGCAGCUCCUCUAAGGAAGGACAGACCAGUGCCAGUGCUGAAACCCUGAGCCAGACCAGCCCAGGUGCUGAGGAGAGCUGGGAUAUGCUGUUCAACGAUGACGGGGACUGCCUGGACCCACGCCUGCUGGAGGAGCUCUCAGGGGGUGAGAAGCACCAGGAGAGCCAGCAGUCACCCCGCUUCAACUACUAUGGGGCUGAACCUGCUGUGCCAGACAUCAGUGAUGAUGAGCUGCCCCACGUCAUCGAGAUCUACGAUUUCCCCUCGGAUUUCCGCACCGAGGAUCUGAUGCGCAUCUUCUGCAGCUAUCAGAAAAAAGGCUUUGAUAUUAAGUGGGUGGAUGAUACGCAUGCCCUGGGUAUCUUCUCCAGCCCCAUAACAGCACGAGAUGCCCUCAGCACCAAGCACCUGAUGGUGAAGACACGCCCACUCUCCCAGGGCACUCGCGCCUCUAAAGCCAAAGCCAGGGCAUAUGCUGAGUACCUGCAGCCAGCCAAGGAGCGCCCUGAAACAUCAGCUGUCCUGGCCAGGCGGCUUGUGAUUGGUGCCCUGGGGGUACGGAGCAACCAGACACCAGCCCAGCGAGAUGCUGAGAGAAGGAAGCUGCAAGAAGCUCAAGAGAGGAAGCGCCUGGAGAACAAGCAGCGGGAGGAUGCCUGGGAGGGCCGGGACUGAGCCAGGAGGCUGCACUUUCAGCCCGUGUCCCUCUCUGCAGGCAGGCAGAGCACUCUAUGUGUCAGAGCUGGGACAGAUUCUGCACUGUGUCCAAAAAGCACUGGGCUGCUUCACCGAAAGAGCUGAGCAGCACGUGGGCUGGUUGGUGCUGGGGGGAUGCUGUUGCUGUCAGGCAGCACUGCCCAUCCUGCCCAGGGCAGAGGCCCCAAGGCUGCCAGCCAUAGCAGGAACAACAGCAAGAUGCAGGGAGCUCAGCAGAGAGCAUGGGGGACUGUGUGGGGCAGCCCUGGCCACCUGGCAGGGCCUUGUGAGUGAGAGUUUCUGUUCUUUAUUUUGCUAAUAAAUGCCAUUUAUUUUA